AUGGCAAGCCCAGAAUCUUGGUCGCAGCGUCUUCGAGAACACUGCCUCGUUCGAGGCUUGCCAGAGCCUACCUACACUGACCUCUCGGACCGCAGAGGAGGCCGCACCGCCUGGACUACCAUGGUCGCCGUAAGCGGUACUAGCUACCAGGCCCGCUUCUGGUACGAUGGCACCUAUCUCCACCAAGCAAAAGAAGACUGUUCCGAGGUGGCCCUGAGGUCCAUCACUGGGUACACAAACUCGGCCCAGACACCACCACCAGCCAGUCACUAUCGAAGCCUGGCCACCCAGCUCGACCAGUCCAUCACCUCCUGA